AUGACCACAAUCACUAACCACGACUGCUCCGUGUCUGGCAGCACAAACGUUGCCCAGCUGGGCGUACGACAGUGCGGACCAGCUUCCGGCAGCACUACCAUCUCCGCGUGCACCAUUUCAACUGUACAUAUAGCCUACUCAACUUACGACCAAAUCGUGUUACGACCGGUCCGCGGUCCCGACCGUGGUCAUAAGUCGAGCACUAGCUGUACUCCAUCAUUCCUCUAUCUGGUUCUCUUGGUACUUGGGCUUCAUGCCGCAGUCCACUGUGCACCACCUGAAGGCAAAGUAACUACCUGCCAUUCACCCCAACAAAAUGCCACUGUCUAUACAAUGUCGUCCAUUAAUACUGACUUUGCAUUCAACUUGUACCGGAGUUUCCUUUUGACCCCAGGUAAGAACAUCUUCUUUUCCCCUUUGAGCCUUUCUGCAGCUUUGGUUCUGCUUUCCUUUGGGUCCUGCUCCAGCACCCAAACUGAGAUUAUGGAAACCUUGGGGUUCAACCUCACAGACACUGCAAUGUUAGAGAUCCAGCAGGGCUUCCAGAACCUGAUCUGUUCACUGAAUUUUCCAAAGAAAGAAUUGGAAUUGCAGAUAGGAAAUGUCGUCUUCAUUGGGAAGCAUCUGAAACCAAUGGCAAAGUUCUUGGAUGAUGUCAAGACCCUUUAUGAGCCUGAAGUCUUUUCUACCGACUUCUCCAAUGUUUCUGCAGCCAAGCAGAUUAACAGUCAUGUGGAGAUGCAAACCAAAGGGAAUGUUGUGGGUCUAAUUUAAGACCUCAUACCACACACUAUCAUGAUCUUAGUGAACUAUAUUCAUUUUAAAGAUGACAUGACUAAUGGAAAAGUUCUUGGUGGCACUAAUAUCAGUUUAAAAUAA